GUUUUCCGGAGCAAAGGAAAAACCAACAGGGCGAGGUCUCUCUGGAGUCUGGAGUCGUGACUGUGCGUGCUGACGAAUUGUUGAAUUGAAGGGUAUUUGGCACUGGCUGGAAACAUAUUUUUGGUGCUUUGAAUAGCUUAAUUCAGAAAUGAGUCAAAAGGGGUUGAUUUACAGCUUUGUCGCCAAAGGAACAGUUGUUCUUGCAGAGCACACACCCUACUCUGGCAACUUCAGUACCAUAGCUGUCCAAUGCUUACAGAAGCUGCCAUCAAAUAGCAGCAAGUAUACAUACUCGUGUGAUGGCCACACCUUCAACUUCCUCCUUGACACUGGAUUUGUUUUUCUUGUUGUGGCGGAUGAAUCAAUGGGGAGGAGUGUACCUUUUGUGUUUCUUGAGAGAGUGAAGGACGAUUUUAAAAAGCAGUACGGUGCCAGUAUCAAGACUGAUGGGUCUCAUCCACUUGCUGAUGAUGACGAUGAUGAUGAUUUGUUCCAGGACCGUUUUAGCAUUGCAUACAAUCUUGAUCGGGAAUUUGGACCAAGGCUUAAAGAGCAUAUGCAGUAUUGUAUGAACCAUCCUGAUGAGAUGAGUAAGCUGUCCAAACUGAAGGCUCAGAUUACAGAAGUCAAAGGCAUAAUGAUGGACAAUAUUGAGAAGGUUUUGGAUCGAGGUGAGAAGAUCGAGUUACUUGUGGAUAAAAGUGAAAACCUUCAGUUCCAGGCUGACACCUUCCAGAGGCAAGGGAGGCAACUUCGUCGGAAGAUGUGGCUUCAAAACCUUCAAAUGAAGUUGAUGGUUGGAGGUGCUAUUCUUGUUCUGAUCAUCAUCUUCUGGCUCAUAGCAUGUGGAGGUUUUAAAUGUUGAUUGUUGAUCGCUUUUUGUGGAGGGUAUAACAUUUGGCUUGAAAACAUAUUGUUAUCUGUCCUUUGUAAUGUACAAAGUGUUGGUACUCUGCUGUA